AUGAAGGGAGAAAACAUCUUAAUUUCCAUUCUGUUCUUAUUUGAAGCUUUUACAUCUAUAUUGGCUGCUCCUGAGGAUGAAAAUCUGGAUCAGACAUGUAACAAGAUUUGCAAAUGCAAUUGCAAUGGUGGACCCAACACAUUUUGGGGAAUGGCACCAGGAUCAUCGAUGCUGCAAUGUAUGCCAGAGUGUCCUUAUCACCAAGCUCUUGGAUUUGAAUCUGGAGCUGUUAUGGAAGACCAGAUAAGUUGUUCCAAUGAAGACCAAUAUACAGGAUGGUACUCCUCAUGGAUACCAAACAAAGCAAGAAUCAACAGCCAAGGUUUUGGAUGUGCAUGGCUAUCAAGGUACCAGGACAAUCAGCAAUGGCUUCAGAUUGACCUGAAGAAGGUCAGAGUUAUUUCUGGGAUCAUUACUCAAGGACGAUGUGAUGCUGAUGAAUGGAUGACAAAGUACAGCGUGCAGUACAGAUCCAAUGAAACCUUUAACUGGGUUUACUAUAAAGACCAGACUGGAAACAACCGGGUAUUUUAUGGGAACUCAGACAGGUCAUCAUCUGUGCAGAAUUUCCUGCGUCCUCCAAUUCUAGCUCAAUUCAUCAGGAUUAAGCCCUUGGGCUGGCACGUUCGGAUCGCUAUCAGGAUGGAACUGCUUGAAUGCAUGAAUAAAUGCCAGUCAUAA